AUGACUAUUUCUCCUGAUCCAAAAUAUACUGUGGAACCUCCACACGAAAUUGAAGUUAGACUUCCAAAUGGUGUUUCAGGAACUAUUGCGAUUCCUCAUGCCACGGCUUUUGAUGGUGACUUUGUGGAUGGACUCCAUCCUCCAACACAUAAAUGUGCUAUUAUUUUGCAUGGACAAGGCGGUCACAGAGAUUAUUGUUACCAGAAACAUUUGGCACAUCGAUUGGCCAGAGAUUUGGGAAUGUAUUCACUUAGAAUCGACUUCCGAGGGUGCGGGGAGUCCGAGGAUAUUGCCGACCCAAUGGUGGGCCGGGUCCUAGAAUCUGAUAUUGAAGAUAUUGAAGAGUGUUGUCGUUAUAUGAUAGAUUCCAGUUUAAAUCCUUUGGGUACUAGUUUCACUAUUCUGUCGAUUGUAGGCCACAGUAGAGGUGGUGUGGCGAUGUUUUUAUGGGCAUGUAAACAAUUAAAACUGACAAAUGGAGGAAUUACAGUACCCAAUUUAAUUAAUUGUUCCGCCAGAUUUGUAUCUCACACAGUUACGGGGAGAUAUGGGUUCAAGCAAGAUUCAGUACUCAUUAGUCAAUAUCGAUAUGGAAGAUACCAACCAGUUCCUUUCACCAAAAAGGAACUUGAAUCUUUGGCAACAGCAGAUUUGGAGCCAAUCAAAGAUUUACCGCUAGACACUUCAGUUCUUAGUGUUUAUGGUAUGAAUGAUUCAAUAAUUCCACCUAAUGAUUGUCAACAUUAUGCCAAUGCAUUGAAUAGAGGACCAUUUUCUCAUCGUUUGGAAUUGAUACCCGAUGCUAGCCAUAAUUUCUUUGGAUCAACUCAAGUUAAAGAUCUUGAUGCUCAUGAAAUUUUAAGAUUGCCUAUAACCAAAUAUAAUGUGUUUAAUUAUAAUUAUCUCGUGGUAGAUAACAUUAUUGAUUUUUUGCAACCUGAGAAUGAAUUACAAAGGUUUGUUGCAGCUUCUCGAAACGUCGGGCAUUUACCUAGAUGGAAGAAAGUUGAAGGAAUUUCCAAUUUCCGUGAUAUGGGUGGUUGGAAGAUAAAUCUUCCUAGGUUCCAUGGCCCUGGGAAGACUGUCUAUGUUAAGCCUAAUUUCCUAUAUCGAUGCGCACUGACAAGUCAUGUAACUGAAGCCGGCGUUGCCACCAUGAAGAACGAAUUGGGGAUACAUGCUGUAUUUGAUUUACGUUCAGAUGGUGAAAUCGAGAAGGAUGGUGCUCCAAGAGAGUUGAUUGAGAAGCAUGGUAUUAAAUGGAUCCACGCUCCCGUUUUCACUAGUGAUGAUUAUUCACCUCAAGCUAUUGCAAUGAGAUAUACCAAUUUACUUACUUGCUGGUCAACAUAUGUGAAUGUCUAUGAUAACAUGUUGGAAAAUGGGGUUUCAUGUUUCCGUCUGAUAUUUGAGUAUAUCCGGGAUGAACAGAAGCCGUUUGUCUUCCAUUGCACUGCAGGGAAAGAUCGCACUGGUAUUUUGGGGAUGUUGAUACUUUUAUUGGUUGGAGUUGAUAAGAAUACUCUUGCAAGAGAAUAUGAAUUGACAACAGUGGGGUUACGUCCUGAUCAUCCAAAGUUAAAGGAAGGGUUUAUGAAAGUUGUUGAUAAAUUCAAAUCUGAUAAUGAAGAUGUUAGUGAUUUUGAACAACUUAUUUCUCAAGGAAGAAGUAGCUUUAACAUUUAUGAAGAUGGAUUCAAUAAUUUGAUCAGUUCUCGAUAUGAAGCCAUGUUAUCCACCAUUGAAAUGUUUAAUAAUCCCAAUGAAAAGUAUGGAGGAAUCGUUAACUACAUGAAGGAAUAUUUGAAGUUCCUGGAUGAUGAUAUUCGAACCAUUUAUAAUGUUUUGGUAUCCACAAGUCCAAGUUUUUCCUUUAGUGGGAACUUGGAAUUUGUUCACAGUACAAAGACCAAUGAAGCUAAAUUGUGA